AUGGACUCCACAAAGAAGGUCACAAAGAAACUUGCCGGUGCUGCUGCAGGAACAGCUGCCUGGUGCACAAAUGUAGGAAACGAACAUGGCCAAGUCCUUGUCUCUGUGCUGACAGCCGCAGAGGUACAUGGACUGCACCCUAUGGCAGCUGGCCUAAUGAAACGCUACCGAGAGGCAGGAGAGGCAGCCCCGAAAGUGAUGUACGUGGACAGAGAUUGCUGCAGUCUUCAUGGCAAGUCUCAGGUGAAUGUCAUGUUUUCGGAGUGGGAUGAGCUUGAAGUGCGCCUUGACAUCUGGCAUUUCAUGCGGCGAUUUGCUGCAGGUGUCACGACAGAGGCUCAUCCGCUCUAUGGGAUCUUCAUGGCACGUCUGUCCAUGUGCAUCUUUGAGUGGGAUCCAGAUGAUGUGGCUGCUCUUCACCGUGCAAAGGAGGGUGAGCUGGCAGCAAAGAAGGCUGGCCACAUCUCAGGAAAGGCGCUGAGUGCCCGCAUUACCCGGAGAGAGUUGGCACUGCACUGCCGGAGGAGGACCAGGGGUGUGGAGGAGACCACCAGAUUGAUUGGAUCUCUGGUUGAUCUGCUUGACAGUGCGAGUGGAAAAGACACUCUGGGAGUUCCUCUGCUGGACCAUGAACGGAUCCAGCAGAUUUGGAAAGAACAGCGUAAGCACGUACAGUGUAUCCAAGACCCUGAGAACUUUCCCCUCUACACGAAGACAGGGACACUGAAGAAAGGCGGUGUGGAACUGUGCUGCUACAGAUGUGCCCGUGGCUCUACCUCUUUGGAAUCAUUCCACCUCCACCUAAACCGUUUUAUUCCAGGAACCAGUGCCAGUGAUGCACAUUUUCAGGCUUAUCUUCUUGAGGGCUUGGCUUAUCUUCUUGAGGGCUUGAUGCGCUGGAAUGAUGACAGGAUGGAAGAUGCCAUAAAAGGAGCGUCCUCCAUCCGGACAUAUGGCAGUGCCAUGAAAGAGGCUGUGGACAAGCUUUCCCGAACUGUCUUCGGAAAGCCCUGGGAUGAGCGCUAUCGCCCUCCUGGAGCAUAUACAGGUGAAUUUCUGGGAAUGGAGUACCUUUACACCCAGACUGGCAAAACACUUACUCCAGUGCUCCAGAACCCAGAGGAGGAAGACAGGCUGGUGGAGGAAGUUGAUGAUCAGGACCUGCAAGAUGAGGGGUUUGAGGAAGAGAUCAUGGAGGACAUCACAGUUCCAGUGCUGUAUGAGGAUGACCCUUGCCGUGAUCUUGAAAACAGCCCCUCAUCUUUGCCUUUGCAUCAGUCCCCAGCAUCGAUGGCUGAUGUGUUACUGGCUGAGCCGUCCACAUCAUCAUCUCCUGGUGGAGAACGACAGCAUCUUGCCCCUGCCCAUUCAGUGCUGUCACAGCCAUCUGACACUGGAAGCAGUAUUUCCGACGAGGCUCAGGGAGCAGUCAUUGGACCCGAUGGCAUCGCUGGGUGGGACAAGGUCCUGGAUUUGGCUGGUUUCCUGGUGGGUCUUCGUGAGGCUCCUUACCUUACUGACCAGCAGGUGACAGAGGCCAUCCAGCUGUGGAAAGCUCUCCUAGAUUUCGACAAACAGCGGGUCAACUAUCAGCCUCGACAUCAGCCUCAGCUGACACAUGGGCGCUAUAAGGCACCAAAGCGGUCUGGAGUCACACCAGGUGUGGAGAGUGUAAAACGGUGUCUGAUUGGACAUCCUGGGGGUCCAGCGCAGUGGCCCGAUGCCAACCGCUUGGUUAACACCAUUUGUAUGAAGCUUUGUGCUUUACACAAGUCGUCAACCAAGAAAGAUGGAGUUUGCAUCCCCAGGUGGUCUAAAGUUAUUUCAGAUUACCACCACAUCCGAGAGUUGGUGGUUAACAAUCCAACCCUGAUGGAUGAAACAACGAUCCAGCUGUUUGAGAUAAACCAUAGGACACUCACUCAGUGGUUUCGUAAGUGGAAGAAUAGACUGGAAAUGGGCGUCCUCGGUCAGGGUCUGACUCCAUCUAACCCAAUUGCUGUGGCUGAUACACACCUGCCUCCACCGAGGGAAAAAUUGAAUGAAGUACCAUCAACAUCAGGCCCAAAACAUCAAUUUUUCCUUCCACCAAAUCGUGGAGGACAGGCUCCUCUUCUGCGACCAGGUCGAAAGCCAGCUGCUGCCACCAGGGAGUUUCCCAUCGCACCUGCCCCCACAGCAUCAGGAGUUAUGCAGCACAUUUUAGCACCGGGGUUGUCGUUUGGCACAGUAGUCUUUAAUCCAGACAUGACUGUGUCAGUGGUGAUUCCACCUUCUGGUGCUUCGACAUCCAGUGCAGUCCCAGCUCCCCCUGCUCCGGCGUCUGCUGCUCCUUUGUCCCGUUACACCCAAAGGAACAGGCGCCGACGGGCUGUGGAGAAUGAAAGUGGUGUCCAGAAGAGGAAGUAUGUGCGAGGGGUUACUUUUAACACGUGCAGCAAAUGUGGGCAGCCCAAAACGAAAGAGUUUGGCCAUAGCCGAUAUGGUAAUGCCACAUUUUGUUUGCGUGCCUCAAAUGGCAAAUCUUUAGAGGAAUGGUUGGCAGAGCAGCGCCAGCAAGAAAGAUGUCAAACUCCACCACCUCAAUAA